UGUCAAUGGUUGCUUAAGGAGUACUAUAGUAAUACUAUAAUUAAUCAGAUAUUUAGAAUAAUCAAUGAGAACGGAACACUCCAUCUCAAGUCAACUUUACUUGGUAUAUAUAAAGGAGUAAAGAGAGGUAUUCCACCUUGUAACGCGCAAGCACGAGAGAGAGAGAGAGAGAGAGAAAGAAUCAAAGAGAUCUGCAAGGAGAGAGAUAGAAAGAAAGAGAGAGCGGAGAUGUCGAUAGCUUUGCUUUUGUCCUCGCCGGUGAUGACGCAUAUGCCGGCGUCGAUAACUUCUCCUCACCGUGGAUCUUCUUCUUCGCGCCUUCUUCAAGUUUCCUGUGUCACCAACCAUGCUAGGAACAAGAACGUUACGUGCAAUAAUUUUCGACCCAUCAAAGAAGUAAAUAAUCAAAUAACACACACAAUACCACCAGAGAAGCUCGAGAUCUUCAAAUCAAUGGAGAAUUGGGCAGAAAACAAACUACUACCGUAUCUCAAACCGGUUGAAGACUCGUGGCAACCACAAGACUUCUUGCCAGCGCCUGAGAACGACGACGAGUUCUACCACCAAGUCAGAGAGAUCAGAGAACGAACAAAGGAGAUUCCUGAUGAUUACUUUGUCGUUCUUGUCGGAGAUAUGAUCACGGAAGAAGCACUUCCGACGUAUCAAACGACGUUAAACACGCUUGACGGCGUUAAGGAUGAAACCGGUGGAAGUAUAUCGCCGUGGGCGGUUUGGAUCAGAGCGUGGACGGCGGAGGAAAACCGUCACGGUGAUUUGCUUAACAAGUAUCUUUACCUAUGUGGUCGUGUUGACAUGCGACAUGUUGAAAGGACUAUACAAUAUCUCAUCGGUUCUGGUAUGGACUCGAAGUUUGAAAACAAUCCUUACAACGGAUUCAUCUACACGUCGUUCCAAGAACGCGCCACUUUCAUCUCUCACGGCAACACGGCGAGGCUAGCCACGACCUACGGCGACACAACACUCGCCAAGAUCUGCGGCACGAUCGCCGCCGACGAGAAACGUCACGAGACAGCCUACACCAAGAUCGUGGAGAAGCUGUUCGAGCUCGACCCGGAUGGAACGGUGCAGGCGCUGGCGAGCAUGAUGAGAAAGCGGAUCACCAUGCCGGCUCACCUCAUGCACGACGGCAGAGACGACGAGCUUUUCGAUCACUACGCCGCGGUGGCGCAGAGGAUCGGAGUCUACACGGCGGCAGAUUACGCGGGUAUCUUGGAGUUUCUGUUGGGCAGGUGGAAGGUGGAGAGUUUGGGGUCGGGGCUGUCGGGGGAAGGAAGGAAAGCACAGGAGUAUCUGUGCACCUUGCCGCAGAGGAUCAAGAGGUUAGAGGAAAGAGCCAACGAGAGGGUCAAACGUCAGUCAAAGGGAUCCGUCUCGUUUAGCUGGGUGUUUGGUAGAGAUGUGGAACUAUAAAUAAAACUAAACAUUUUAACCAGUCAGAUAAAUAAAUGAUGUUCUGUUUGUGAUCAAAUUAAGCUUAUACAAUGAAUUAUACAAUUUAGUUUUCACCA